AUGCCUCCUAAAGGUUGGAAAAAAGAUGCCCAAGGUAACUAUCCAACAACAUCUUACAUUAAAGAACAGGAGAAAGUCACUGUUGAUGACCUUUUAUUUCCGAAGUCAAUUAUUACGUCCAUAGCGAAGGAAGCACUCCAUUCAGCAACACCUGAUUCUAAAGUAAUGCUUUCUAAAGAUGCAUCUAUUGCAUUACAACGUUCUUCAACAGUGUUCGUUAACCACCUACUGAUGUAUGCUCGCGAGAAUGCUAAAAACAAUGAUUCUAAGUCUUGCAAUGAGGAUGAUAUUUUAAGUGCCCUAGAGCAAAUAGGGUUAACAGGUUUUAAACCUAUAAUAAGGAAUAAGGUUGUAGAAUAUGAGAGGGCAUUGCGCCAAAGAAAGGGGAAAUCGGAAUUAGAUGCUGAAUCUGCAAACGUAGAAGACGGGCCAGAUGAGAGCGUUAAUCCAGAUAAAGAUUACGAAGAACCAGUCUCGAAGAAAACAAAGGUUUGA